AUUCCAAUCAUGUAGGUGCAGCAAUAUUGUAUACUUUAAAUCGCAUCAAAAUUAAUUAUUCCAGUGGUGAGUGCGAUUUGGCGUGAAAUGUAGUUUUCCGAGGAGCACUUGAAGGCGACAUCAUAUCUCCGUGUCAAGGAGAAUGGGCGGUCCAUUAGCUUCUGGUGAUGAACCGCAGCCUUACAGUUAUGUAGUAAUGUAGCAGCGAAGAGUACUCAAAGGUGUUGGUGAACUAUUUGCUGAAUAUUGCUGAAUUUCUCUUCUGCCUCCAGGGUAAUCGUGAUUGGAGGUUGUGAUCAAGGUACUCCUCUCCAGUGUGUAUUAAGUCUGAGUGGCCAGUGUGUGUCAGCCAGCUCAGUAGGUCGGUCUCUGUAAGUCUCCCUAUGGGUGAAGUGCCUUCAUUGACGUCGUGAUCUCCCCCAGCGGCCGUGCUUCCAACGGCCUUCUCUUUCCCGUACCCCUAUCUCCCCCCACUUCCACUGUCAUCAUGGGGGAGGUAGUCCAGAUGCACUUCACCACGGUGGACUAUGUCAUUUUUGUCUUGCUGCUGGUGGCCUCAGCUGGCAUCGGCCUGUUUUAUGCCUUUUCUGGAGGCCGCCAGCGUACUACACAGGAGUUCCUGAUGGCUGACCGCUCCAUGAGCUGCCUGCCUGUUUCUCUGUCCCUGCUGGCCACUUUUCAGUCAGCUGUAGCCAUCCUGGGUGCUCCGUCUGAGGUGUACACCUUUGGGACUCAGUACUGGUUCCUAGGCUGCUCCUACUUCUUGGGCCUGCUCAUCCCAGCUCAUGUUUUCAUACCAGUCUUCUACAGGCUGCGGCUGUCCAGCGCCUAUGAGUAUCUGGAGCUGCGCUUUAACAAGACUGUUCGUAUAUGUGGGACUGUGACCUUCAUCUUUCAGAUGGUCAUUUAUAUGGGGGUGGUCCUGUAUGCUCCAGCCUUAGCACUCAAUGCAGUGACUGGUUUUGACCUAUGGGGGGCAGUGUUGGCCAUGGGAUUGGUGUGCACUCUGUACACUGCUCUGGGGGGCUUGAAGGCAGUGAUGUGGACUGAUGUGUUCCAGACAGUGGUAAUGUUUGCGGGCCAAUUAGCGGUCAUUGUGGUGGGGGCAAGUCAGGCAGGGGGCAUAGCAGAGGUCUGGAGGAAAGCGAACAACGGCAGCCGCAUUGCUGGAUUAGAUCUGAACCCCGACCCUCUGGAGCGCCACACCUUCUGGACCCUUAGUGUGGGUGGAGUCUUCCUGAUGUUGGCUCUGUAUGGGGUCAACCAGGCCCAGGUCCAGAGAUACCUCAGUUCCCGCACGGAGAAAGAGGCUGUCAUGUCCUGCUACGUUGUUUUCCCAUGCCAGCAGAUUGUCCUGUGUUUAGGUUGUCUGAUGGGUCUGGUCAUGUUUGCUCGCUACGGAGAGGACAGCCCUCUGGACAAGGGCUACGUCAAAACUAAUGAUCAGAUGGUGCUGUACUUUGUGAUGGAUGUAUUCCGAGAUCUGCCCGGGCUCCCAGGCCUGUUUGUGGCGUGUCUCUUCAGUGGAGCUCUCAGCACCAUCUCAUCUGCCUUCAACUCCCUAGCAACAGUAACUAUGGAGGACCUGAUUAAACCUUAUUUUCCAAACAUGACUGAGUCUAAAGCCACACUGCUGUCCAAGGGACUCGCUUUGGCCUAUGGCCUGAUAUGUCUGGCUAUGGCCUACCUCGCCUCCAUAAUGGGAUCUGUGCUGCAGGCAGCCUUCAGUAUCUUUGGGAUGGUGGGUGGUCCUCUGCUUGGCCUCUUCUGUCUGGGAAUGUUCUUCCCCUGGGCAAACUCUAUCGGUGCAGUGGUUGGAUUAGUAGCAGGUCUCGCCAUGGCCUUCUGGAUUGGCAUUGGCAGUUUUGUGAUGCGCAUGCCUGGUCCAACCCCAGUGCCCCCCCUCAACAGCACCAUCUCACCACUAUUUGAUAACAUGACCACCACUGUCAUGACUUCGCUGGUCAGUGCUGCCACAGCCAAGCCAAGGCCGACAGGAGUGGAGGCGCUCUAUUCAUUGUCCUACAUGUGGUACAGUGCUCACAACUCCACCACUGUGGUGGUGGUGGGACUGAUAGUCAGCCUGCUAACAGGACCUAUGAAGGAAAAGGAGCUGACCCCCGGCACUGUGUUCCCAGUCCUGGGCACAUUGCUUUUUUUUCUGCCUGAGCGCUACAGAGAGAAGCUGUGCUGUGUCACUCCUCUGGCUUACAAGCCCAAAGAAAUCAGUGCACAGCCUUAUCAGCCGGCCAAGAAAGACCGAAAUGGAGCAGCUCACUGCAAAGAGGACACAGUAUCAGAAGACAAAGAGGCCGAGAGCGAGAGAGCACAAACAGAGGAGGACGAGGCGGAAACGAGGGUCAUUCAGCCAUCAUGCAAGCUGACAACUCACACCGUUCAGGAAACAGCCCUGUGAUCCUCUUUUUCUCCCUCUUAUAGCCCACACUAGACACAUACACACUUUCCAACCCAGACAACCAUCCAGUCAGAGCUCAGCUUGUUCUUCCUCAGAGGAGAGGAUCGUUGAUAUGAAGUCCGUCACUAAGCAGAGGGUGGAAACAUCCCAAAGGUCUACAGCACCAAAUGUGGGUGGUGAUAGAGUUUUACAAUUACAUAAUCAGUUGAAUCUGAUUGUAGAGAGAGGCUGAUGAGCCUGAGGAUCUGUGUGGGGAAAUUGUGUUUAACUGGUACUUUCUCACCCCUUUUCUCCUAAAAACUAACAAAAAAAGAAAACUGGAUGUCAACACUUGCCAGGCUGGAACUGUGCACUGACAGCCCAAAUGACAGCAAACAAAGGAGAAAACAGCCUGCCGAUCUCCAUUAGCAGCACUGAGCUGCACACACAGGUCCAGAAGUGUGCAGAUGUGCUUUAUGUGUACAGUUAAAGUUAAGGAGCAGAAGGAGCUGCUCCACUGUGACUACAGCCAGGUAGUUAACAGACAAGAGAUGUAAAAUGUGUUAUUUUUGUAGAGAUGAUGGCAUUAUAAAUCCCAGAAUAUGUAUAAGAGAAUCUAAUAUAAAAAGAAAAAUUAUGUCCCAAGAGACUGAACUUCAAGGGAAGGCCUUGAUUCCUGUAAUAGUGUAGUGUUUUACAUGGCCUUGGUUUAAUACUAAUAGUCGCCUUCUAGCUGCUAUUAUAGAUGUAUAAAUCCUACAAGUCCACAAAAGCAAAGCUGUGUGUUCAGGUGAGGGCAGAGAUGGUAUUAGGUGGUGGCAGCCAAAUUAGACGGAGAACAGUAAAUCCUCAACUGCCAUAUUUCUAACUGCAUUAGGAGAAAGCAUCUCAGUCAGUGUGUAGAGCUGAUGCCUCCUCAUGAACGUUCCAGACUUGUUUUUGGAAAGCAAGUUAGUUUCUAUUUAAACAUUAAAGGUCACAUAUUAUGCGAAAUGCACUUUUGCAUGUCUUUUCAACAUAAAUAUGAGUCCACGGUAUGUCUAGACCCCAAAACUAUAAGACCAUCCUCUCUCUGUUUCUCCUGCUCCAUUUUUCAAUAGAUGUGUGUGCAAAAACACUGUUUAAAUUUAGUUCCCUUUAUGACAUCAUAAAGGGAUCUGUUGAACAUAGACCUCCCCCCGGCAGGCAGGUGGUCCCCACCCACUGAAACCUAAUGAAUCAACUUUUGAACUGAAUCAAAGUUCCUUUGUUGGCUGCAAGAACCAACACAACAGUCUUUAUGUCCUCCCAUCAUCUGAGGAAGUGAAGACCUGUUGGAUUCACUUUAUUUUUUUAUGGAAAUGUCCCCACAACAACUGGAAAACUGUUGUAUGUGUGUGAUGGAUCAAUACCAGCUGUCUUUGGCCCGACAUCAAACUUGGAUGCUGUAAGUUUUGCCAUGUUUUAUGCUGUUUAUUUAGCAGGUUAGCCUGUUGAACUUGGCCCCAGCAUGUUACGCGGCUAAUAUGGCUAGUGACUAAUGUUGUUGAGGGACAGUCAACAGAAACGGUGUGAAUGUUAAACCUCAUUUGAAGCCAAGUAAAUAAUGACAGUAGUAGUUUGGAUGGUGGUAACUGUUUUUUCAUGUUGCUUUUUGUGGAACUUUGAACUGUAGUGGUAGCUCAGUUAGCUUUGCUAUUACACAUUAGCCGGUUUUGCUCCAUGAUCCUCACCGGUUUGUGUGUGUGUUGCUGCUGUAAUGUUAUGUAAAUGUACUUGAUAGACAGGCCAUGAAGGUAAUGAUACAUGUGAAAAAGAAAUGGUCAAACUGCAGGAAUUCCUUUGUUUGGCAACGUUGUGUACCUUUGAUUAGCACCCAGAGGCUAACUUGCUCAGACCAUAAAGCUGCGGAAGCAGUGUCCAGCUGUGGCAGUGUGUGUUAAGUCAA